CUGCAGCACUCCUAAGUGAUGUUUUAGAUACUUGAACUUCCUACUUCUCAGUUUGACUGCUUUUUAGUUGUGUGUUCUUUAUCGUGGAUAGAACGAAACGUGCUGAUUGAUUGGUCAAUAUUUAUUGAUGGUCAUUGCCGAGAUUGAGUUUGCUGUAGUCAUGCAGGCACACGAGCUCUUGAAGCAGCUGCGAAUCCCUGAGCUGUCCGAGGUGAGGGACUAUUUCCGCAGCCUCUCCACAAACACCCUCCUCGGCAUGGGCGCGUUCACCGCCGUCACGGCGUACUGGUUCGCCACCAGACCCAAAGCCCUCAAACCGCCCUGUGACCUGUGCAUGCAGUCAGUAGAGCUGCCGGGGGGAGAAUUUGCUCGUCGAGGAGCGGUUUUAAACGGAGGCCCACUCUUGAGCCAUUUCUACGAGGACGCCAAGACCAUGUACGAGUGCUUUCACAGGGGUCUGAGGGAGUCAAAAAACGGUCCGUGUCUGGGAUCCAGAAAACCAAAGCAGCCGUAUGAAUGGCUUUCAUACUCAGAGGUGAUUGAGCGAGCAGAGCAUUUGGGAUCAGCAUUUUUGCACAAAGGACACUCGAAGGACAGAGACCCCUACAUCGGCAUCUUCUCUCAGAACAGACCAGAGUGGACGAUUUCAGAGCUGGCCUGCUACACUUACUCUCUGAUAUCAGUUCCUCUGUAUGACACCUUGGGCACAGAAGCAAUAGGCUACAUCCUCGAAAAAGCCUGUAUCUCUACAGUCGUAUGUGACGUACCUGAGAAGGCCAAGCUGCUGUUGGACUGUGUUUCAGGCAGACAGCACACAGUCAAAACCCUGAUCCUCAUCGAAAACUUUGACGCUGAUUUAGUUAGCAGAGCACAGCAGUGCGGUAUCGACAUCGUCAGUCUGAAAGACACAGAGAAUAUCGGCAAGGCUCAUCGACAGCAUCCUGUGCCCCCUCAGCCUGAUGACUUGGCUAUUAUUUGUUUUACAAGUGGAACCACAGGAAACCCUAAAGGAGCGAUGCUCACCCACAGAAACGUAGUGUCUAAUUCUUCUGCCUUCAUCUACGUCACAAAGCCCUCUUGCCCCAUUGGUCCUCAGGACGUGCACAUCUCCUACCUGCCCCUGGCACACAUGUUUGAGAGAGUCGUACAGGGUCUGAUUCUGGUGCACGGCGCACGUAUCGGAUACUUCCAGGGUGACAUUCGAACUCUGAUGGAUGACCUCAUGACCCUGAAGCCCACUGUAUUUCCCGUGGUUCCUCGUCUGCUGAACCGCAUGUUUGACAAAAUCUACGGACAGGCCAACAGUCCCCUGAAGAGACGCAUCCUGGAGUUUGCGUUCAGGAGGAAAGAGAACGAGAUGAAGAGCGGGAUCAUGAGGAGGGACAGUGUGUGGGACAAGAUCAUCUUCAAGAAAGUCCAGGCCAGUGUUGGAGGUCACGUUCGAAUGAUGUUGACUGGAGCGGCACCCAUUUCAGCUACUGUUCUCACCUUCCUGCGAGCUGCAUUGGGCUGCCAGUUUUACGAAGGAUACGGUCAGACUGAAUGCACGGCUGGCAGCACAACUACUCUACCAGGAGACUGGACUGCUGGUCAUGUUGGAGCUCCUCUGCCCUGUAAUGACAUCAAACUAGUGGAUGUGGCAGAGAUGAACUAUUAUGCCACUAAAGGCGAGGGAGAGGUGUGUGUGAGGGGUCCCAAUGUUUUCAAGGGGUAUCUGAAAGACCCUGAGAAGACGAAGGAAGCUCUUGAUGAAGAUGGUUGGGUUCACACAGGAGACAUUGGCAGGUGGUUGCCGAAUGGCACUCUGCAGAUUGUGGACCGUAAGAAGCACAUUUUUAAGCUGGCUCAGGGUGAAUACAUCGCUCCAGAGAAGAUCGAGAACAUUUACAUCAGGAGUGAAGCUGUGGCGCAGACUUUCGUACACGGAGACAGUCUGCAGGCCUGUCUGGUAGCCAUCAUUGUGCCAGAUCCAGACUUUCUUCCCGGCUGGGCCAAGAAGAGAGGCAUAGAGGGCUCAUAUGAAGAGCUGUGCAAAAAUAAGGAGGUGAAGAAAGCCAUUAUGAAAUAUACAAAUCAAAUAAAGAAAAAUGUCUGCUUUUUCGUCAUCUUCACUUCUCAGGUGAAGGACAUUGUUCUUCACACCGAGAUGUUCUCCGUCCAAAACGGCCUCCUGACGCCCACCCUGAAAGCCAAACGCACUGAUCUCAGGAAACACUUCAGGAAACAGAUCGAUGAGCUUUACUCCAACAUCAAAAUGUGAACCAGAGGAAGUGCCUCAGAUAUUACAGAGUAACAGAGCUUAUAUGGGUCCCAUGACUGAAUAGAGCUGGUCCGAAAUAACAGACUUGAAAGAGCUUGUUGUCAACAGACAUAGCAUCAGUUUUAUGUGCCUUUCAGAAUAAGAUUAUAUACUCUAGAUCAGCUGUUACUCAAAGCUUCAUCACUCAGCUUCAGCUUUAAAGAUUCCCGCCUCAGGAAAUCAUCCUUACAUUUUGACACCAUCAUUUUUGCCUUUAAUUAUUUUAAGAGAAAGGGAAGAGAAAUCCAAGAGCGAAAACAAACCUAAUGCUGUUAUCGAAUACAAAAUAAUGUUCCUCUUUAAGUUAAGUGUAAUUAUUUUUCUAAUGAGAUGAUGUAGAAAAUUUGCUGAAAAUUUACUCAUCCUUAAGUCUAAGUUGUAGAUAAUUUUGUUUCUUCAUUGAAACAGAUUUGGAGAAAUGUAGCAUUGCAUCACUUGCUCACCAAUGGAUCCUCUGCAGUGAAUGGGUGCCGUCAGAAUGAGAGUCCAAACAUCUGAUAAAAACAUCACAAAAAUCCACAAGUAAUCAACACGACUCGUCCAUCAGUUAACAAACGUGAAAAGCUGCAUGUUUGUGAGACUCAUAUGUUUGUGAAUAGACGUUGUGUGAAUUAUUGUGAUGUUUUUAUCAGCUGUUUGGACUUUCAUUCUGACGGCACCCAUUCACUGCAAAGGAUCCAUUGGUGAGCAAGUGAUUUAAUGCUCAAUUUUUCCAAAUCUAUUCCCAUGAAAAAAAUCAACUCUACUAGAUGACCUGAGUGUGAGUAAAUUUUAAGCAAACUGUUCCUUUAAUAUAGCAAAGUUUGCGGCCGUUAUAUAAAAUGUUUGAAUUGAACUACUGCUUCAGCGGCGGUGACUAUCUUGCAAUGAUCUCACAUUGUGUGUGUUUGGGAAAUAUUAUAUACAGUCUCAGGGAAAAAUGUGCCUUAUAAAUGGACAUCAGCUGCAUUUGAGUGUUGCUGAUGAAAGAGGAAAAUGUACACAUGCAAAAAAAAAAAAAAAGUAAUUGCAGUAAUUUACAGUAAUUUUGUAUGGUACCUCACAAUCAACAUGAAGGGUGAAGCACACACUCCACACUAGAUUAAGAGUGGGUAAUAUAUCAAUAUUUUGUCUUCCAGUGGAUAUUUAAUAUUCUGAAGCCUUUUCCUGGACUGUAAAAAGCGAACGUUUUGUAUUUUAGGAAAAUGACUGUUAUUGAUCCUUGAUUCAAGAAACACCAGCAAAGCAGAUUUGUUCGGUUCAGUUUUUAGUAAAAUUCUGUAUAUUUGUAUAGAACUUAUUCUAAAGCAGCUUUACAAAGAAUAGUGCCUUACAAAAUGUCUGUGCAAAUGGUUCAUAAAUCUGUUUUUAUGAAUGAUUUACUCAAAUAAGUUUUGCUUGUGUUUCAUGAAUAAGGCCUGUUGAGUUUAAACACAGCCUGUGUGAUUGCAGUAGGUACCUAUAUAAGCCAUAUGCUGUCUAUAUGAUGCUUUCCUCAUCUUAAAUGUUAACUUUAAGACAGCUUACAUUCUUAGCACAAACAACAACUAAUUGUGUUGCUUAUUUAUGUGAAGGCUAUGUAUGGCAGGUGUUUUUCAGGUGUAAUAUUAUGGAUGUGACGUGUCUCGUAUCAUUAUGCUGUAACAGCAUUGCAUGUGUCCUUGUGUUUCAUUGAUGGUUGCUGCUUCAUGUUGAUUGUAAUUGUGUGUUUAUUGUACACAGGUUGUUUUUAUUGUUUAUUUUAUUCAAGAUUUAUCUUGUGUGUGAAAUGACCUGUAAGCCAAAUCAUCUGUCAUGUGUGUGACAAACUAAAGUGCACUCUUGAAAUGACUCACUUGUACUCAAAUACAUUAUCAUGACUAAUGAUAAAUGUAAAUUUUCCAUGUAAGAGAUGUACAUGAUUAAAAUUAAAUAUGAUUUAUGGAUGAUGAUGA